GAAAUGUUUGUUCAAUGAGGCAUUUCUACAUGAGAGAAGAUUUCAGUUUAUCUUUGUUGUCAAGAGGUUGUGCUGUGGACUUGGAAUAGGCAGCAAAGUGUUAAAAAGUUUAGAUAACCUGCCGGAAAAAAUAACUAGAAAUGAAGGACCCUGCUCAUCUUCAAAGCAUACAAACAAAUGGAGAAGUCAAUAAAGCAUUUGAAUUGAAAGAAAAAGAUGGCAUACAAAAUGAAAACGGGGCUUUUCACAAGAUGAAUGGACCGUUUUUUCCAGGACAGGAUGCCAAAGGGGACGAAAUGCCUAAGAAGAAGAAAGAAAAGGAGACUGCCGUUGGAUUUUUUCAGCUGUUUCGUUUUGCGUCUGGCACUGAUGUAAUCAUGAUGGUAACUGGGGGAUUCUGUGCACUGGUGCAUGGGGCAGCCUCCCCUCUUAUGUUGCUGGUGUAUGGGAUGAUGACCGACACAUUUGUGGCAUACGAACUGGAAGUUCAGGAACUGAAAGAUCCUAAUAAAACAUGCAUCAACAGUACCAUCAGUUGGAAAAAUGGCUCUAUAUAUGAAAUAGCAGAAAAUACCACCAUAUACUGUGGGGUGGAUGUUGAAGCAGAAAUGACCCUAUUUGCAUAUUACUAUGUUGGCAUUGGAGUCGGAGUUCUUAUUGUAAGCUACUUUCAAAUUGCUUUCUGGGUCACAGCUGCAGCUCGUCAAGUACAACGAAUAAGAAAAGCAUAUUUUCGAAAAAUAAUGAGAAUGGAGAUUGGUUGGUUUGAUUGCAAUUCAGUUGGAGAGUUAAAUACAAGAAUUUCAGAUGACAUCAACAAAAUCAACAAUGCGAUUGCUGACCAAGUGUCAAUCUUCAUGGAGCGCAUAUCUACAUUUUUCUUUGGAUUCAUGGUUGGUUUCAUUGGUGGCUGGAAACUGACCCUUGUUGUCAUAGCAGUCAGCCCUCUCAUCGGUUUGGGAGCUGGAUUAAUGGCGAUGGCUGUUGCCAAAUUGACUGGUCAUGAGCUCAAAGCCUAUGCCAAGGCUGGUGCUGUUGCAGACGAGGUACUUUCUUCUCUAAGAACAGUGGCUGCAUUUGGUGGAGAGCAGAAAGAAGUAGAAAGGUAUGACAGAAACCUGACGGAAGCUCAAACCUGGGGUGUUAAGAAAGGAACGAUUAUAGGACUUUUUCAAGGAUAUCUGUGGUCUGUUAUCUUUCUCUGCUAUGCCCUGGCAUUUUGGUAUGGAUCAAAGCUGGUAAUAGAUGAAAAGGAACUGACUCCAGGAGGCCUAAUACAGGUGUUUUUUGGAGUGCUGAUGGCAGCUAUGAAUCUUGGCCAGGCUUCUCCAUGCUUGGAAGCAUUCGCCUCGGGCAGAGGUGCAGCACGAAUUAUCUUUGAAACAGUUGACAGGGAACCUGAAAUUGACUGUUUUUCAGAGGAGGGACACAAAUUAGAAAACGUGAAAGGCAACAUUGAAUUCCAUAACAUCACUUUCCAUUAUCCAUCCAGACCAGAAGUGAAGAUUUUAGAUAAGCUAAGCAUGGUUGUUAAAGCUGGAGAAACAACCGCAUUUGUUGGGUCAAGUGGAGCUGGGAAAAGUACCACGGUGCAGCUCAUCCAGAGAUUUUAUGACCCUUGGGAAGGAAUGGUCACUCUGGAUGGCCAUGACAUACGUAGUCUAAAUAUCCCAUGGCUGCGUUCAUUGAUUGGUAUUGUGGAACAGGAACCUGUUUUGUUUUCGACAACAAUAGCUGAGAAUAUCCGAUAUGGGCGAGAGAAUGUGUCAAUGGAAGAGAUCAUUCAAGCAACAAAGGAGGCCAAUGCCUAUAACUUCAUCACGGAUUUGCCACAGAAAUUCGACACUCUGGUUGGUGAGGGUGGGGGUCAGAUGAGUGGAGGGCAGAAACAGAGAAUAGCCAUCGCUCGAGCUCUUGUGAGGAACCCCAGGAUUCUGCUGCUGGACAUGGCAACCUCUGCACUCGACAAUGAGAGUGAAGCUGUGGUUCAGGAGGCUCUUGAUAAGGUUCGUGUGGGUAGAACAACAAUUUCUAUAGCCCACCGCUUAUCCACAAUCAGAAAUGCAGAUGUCAUCAUUGGAUUUGAGCGUGGGAAAGCUGUGGAGAAAGGAACACACAAAGACCUGCUGGAAAGAAAAGGGGUUUAUUUCACUUUGGUCACUUUGCAGAACCAAGGCAGUGACACCAUAAGUGAAAAGCCAAAGAAAAUGGCUGCAAAUGAAGAUAUCGAGGACCCAACAAUAGAACGAGUUAGAAGACUUAGUGAAGGAGGUUACCGAUCCAGUUUCAGGAACUCUCUGCGUCUGCGAUCGAAAUCACAGCUAUCAAACGCAUUUCCUCCAACUAUUUCUGGAAAUGUUGAUUUUAGUUUACCUGUUGAUAGCAGUGAUGGCCUUGACAUCGAGGACGAGGAAGAAAUGGAUACAGAGGAUGUAGCCGAAAGAGUGAACAUUGAACCUGCACCAGUAGCUCGGAUUUUGAAAUACAAUGCACCAGAAUGGCCCUACAUGUUGUUUGGUACUUUUGGUGCUGCAGUGAAUGGUGCUGUGAAUCCAAUCUAUGCAGUUUUAUUUAGCGAGAUUCUUGGGACAUUUUCUAUACCCAACCUGGAAAAGCAAAAAAAUCAAAUUAGUGGAAUAUGUUUGGUUUUUGUUAUUGUUGCUGUUGUAGCUUUCUUCACACAGUUUUUACAGGGUUAUGCUUUCGGGAAAUCUGGUGAACUGCUCACAAGGAGACUUCGUAAGCUUGGCUUCCAGGCAAUGCUGGGGCAGGAGAUUGGCUGGUUUGAUGAUCCCAGAAACAGUCCAGGUGCUUUAACUACAAGACUCGCCACUGAUGCUUCCCAGGUCCAAGGGGCCACUGGAUCACAGAUCGGAAUGAUUGUCAAUUCUUUGACCAAUAUUGGAGCCUCUCUGAUAAUUGCAUUUUACUUCAGCUGGAAAUUAAGUUUGGUGGUGAUUUGUUUCCUCCCAUUAAUUGGACUGUCUGGAGCUUUCCAGGCUAAAAUGCUGACAGGUUUUGCAAACCAAGACAAGAAAGCCAUGGAAACCGCAGGACAGGUUUCAAGCGAAGCUCUCGGAAACAUUCGAACUAUUGCAGGCCUGGCUAAGGAGAACAUGUUUGUUAAAUUGUAUGAGCUACAGCUAGAGGAACCAUACAGAGCAGCUAAAAAGAAAGCUGUUGUGUACGGGGUCUGUUUUGCAUUUGCACAAUGUGUCAUCUUUAUGGCAUAUGCAGCCUCAUUUAGAUUUGGAGGGUAUCUGGUCAACAACGAUGGAAUCCACUACAUUGUGGUUUUCAGAGUAAUAUCUGCAGUAGUGAUCAGUGGAACUGCUUUGGGAAAAGCCUCCUCUUUCACUCCUGAUUAUGCUAAGGCUAAAAUUGCAGCUGCACAAUUGUUUAAGUUGCUUGACCGAGUUCCCAAAAUAAGCAUAAACAACAGCCAGGGAGAAAAAUGGGAUUCCUUUAGAGGAGAGAUUGACUUUAUUUCCUGCAAGUUUACCUAUCCAGCUCGACCUGAUAUUCAAGUAUUAAAAGGUCUUUCAGUGUCUGUGAAACCUGGACAGACCUUAGCAUUUGUUGGAAGCAGUGGAUGUGGAAAAAGCACCAGCAUUCAGCUACUUGAGCGAUUCUAUGACCCAGAGGAAGGAAAAGUUCUAAUUGACAGGCAUUUGUCAAAGAAUGUUAAUGUGCCAUUCCUGAGGUCUAAAAUUGGAAUAGUUUCCCAAGAGCCUGUGCUAUUUGACUGCAGCAUUGCUGAGAAUAUUAAAUAUGGGGACAACACUCGAGAAGUCACCAUGGAUGAAGUCUUUGCUGCUGCCAGGAAGGCUUACCUGCAUGAUUUUGUUUUGACUCUGCCAGAUAAAUAUGAAACACAAGUUGGUGCCCAAGGUUCUCAACUGUCCCGGGGCCAGAAACAGCGAAUAGCUAUAGCCAGAGCUAUUGUUAGGAAUCCAAAAAUCCUCUUAUUGGAUGAAGCCACAUCUGCACUGGACACAGAAAGUGAAAAGAUUGUCCAGGCAGCACUGGAUGAGGCUAGACGAGGACGGACCUGCAUUGUCAUUGCACACCGCCUGUCCACGAUUCAGAAUGCUGAUAUCAUAGCUGUCAUGUCUCAAGGGGUUGUUAUUGAAGCAGGGACACACAAAGAACUCAUGGCCAAAAAGACAGCAUACUACAAACUUGUCACAACUGGGGCUCCAAUCAGUUAAUAUGUAACACCUCAGGGCUCCCGAGUAACAUAGAACACCUGAUGCAUUAAUAGAAUGAACCCAUCAGUGUGUUCAACAAGAUACUUUAAAUCCGAAGUCCAGAUGCCCAGAUAAGAGGUGAAUGAUAUGAGUGUCAUGUCACCUGACUAAUAACCUUUUACUAUAAAAGGGUCUGACUCUUUCUCAUUAUGAUAUGUAAACAAAGUCUUUUAUUUACUAGAAGAUACUUGUAAGUAAUCCUUAAUUCAAUUAUAGAUUUUAAUUAAAAGCUAUUAAUGUUAUUCUGUUAAAAAAGUGUAAACAUUCAAUGAACUAUAAAAAAGGUAACUACUAUAAACUGUUGUAAGUCGUGAAGGUUGGUUGCAUGGUAAUCACUUUUACAUUUAAAAACAGUCAACUGAAACUAAUUGGUUUUCUUUUAGGCUAAAAAAACUUAUUUGUGUGUUCAAUAAAUAGAAAUACCACA